CCCGCGGCCGGCUCUCGCGAGACUUGCCGGGAGUCGGAGCGCCGGGGCGGGCGGAAAGGAAAGCUGGAGCCGCGGGUGGGGAACAUGUCGGAGUCUGAUCUCGGCAGGAAGUGGGACCGGUGCCUGGCGGAUGCGGUCGUGAAGAUAGGUACUGGUCUGGGAUUAGGAAUUGUUUUCUCACUUACCUUCUUUAAAAGAAGAAUGUGGCCAUUAGCCUUUGGUUCUGGCAUGGGAUUGGGAAUGGCUUACUCCAACUGUCAGCAUGAUUUCCAGGCUCCAUAUCUUCUACAUGGAAAAUAUGUCAAAGAGCAGGAGCAGUGACUUACACCUGAGAACACCCCAGUGGGAGGAAAAGAGAAAUCAUGUUUAUUCCUCAGGAAUACUGAAGUGCCCUGGAGUAAGCUGACAUUCUUCUGUAACAAUGUUAUCAGUAAUGCUUUAAACUCCAGUACACUAUUUAUGUAUUUGAAACCAAGUCUGUUUCUUGUUUUGUAUUUUCUCUCUGGAAAUUGUAAGGAAGUGGUCUUAAGAGAAAUAAAUUAAAAAUAGGAAGCCCAUUGCAUGGCCUUUGUUUCUUUGCCUUUUAGUCUCUGAGUGUCAGGACUGUUUGAACAGCACGCAGCUGUGACCUUCUGGUCACAACCUUUCUGAGAGCCCUCCUGAAACCACAGCCAUCGUAUGUUCCUUCCCACUCUCCUCCUAAAGUGUAAUUUUCAGAACUGCUUCCACGCCAUAAAUCGGAGGUUGGAGAUUGCUGCUGCGUGUUCUGAUGAAGAUGACCGGUGUCUCGAGGUGCCUUUCCUUGCUGUUGCAGCUCUUUGUGUGUUGCUCCCACCAGUGGACUCAGCAGGGCAUGCCUCAGCUGUGCCUGCCGCACUGAAGUCCAGCAGCCGCCGCAUCAGCAGAGGAUGAAACCUGACUGUGGACGGCCCACUUCAUUGCUGUCAAGUCCUGCGGCUACACAGCUUAACACAGUCCAAGCUUCAGCCCUGGCGGGGGAGAAGGCUCCAGGCACAGGCAACUGGCUGGAAGGCCAUGUUUGGGGUUAAUUUUAUCUUCACUUAGCAGCUGAGGUUUGAGGACAAAGGGCCAUUUCUAAUACCCCUCUGUCAGUUUGUUCUUGUGAUUUCACCUGAAUAUGGUAGUCUGGACACAAAGUAAUAUUUUAGCAAUUUCUUCUGAAAAUAUACAGAACUCCAGAGGUCAGGCUUUCUUAUCUUAUUUCUUUCUUUACCGUGCAAUUAAGAUGGGCAGAGCUUGAUCUCACUGCCACUUUAUUCUGUAAAUAUUGAUUGAGCAUCAACUACAAGCCAGACACUGUUGUAGGCAGUGUGGGUCAAUGUCUAAAAAGGACAUGGGCCCCUGCCUUCAGGGAGCUUAGAGUCUGGUGGAAAGACAGACAUGCAGCCACUUACGACUCUGAAAGAGAAUUGUUUCAAAGUGCAGUGAGAACAAAGAAGGAGCAGCUAAGUUUCCUUUGGACAGCCUCGUGGAGGACGGAACAUGUGGACUCAGAUUGAAGUUGACCGGGGCAUUGCAGCUGCACAGGGAAGGUGAAUUCUGUGAAGGCUCAGGAUCAUGAAAGUGCUUGUUAUAGCUGGGAAACUACACGCGGUCCAGUGUAGCCAGGAUGUACAGGGGAAGGGGGUGUGGAGGGAUGAGGCAGGCAGGGAACCCAGAUAGAGCUUGUGUCUGACCCAGUUCUGGAACAUUUAUUAGACCUUAGUUCUUCCAAGUGCUGUAAUGAGUUGAUUCAGGGUAACAGUGUACACUCCCUUUACCCUCCGUUUUUCCUUCUUUCAUCCUUUACCCCACUCCCCUUUCUAGAAAGGCAUGCUAGGCUCUGGACCUGAACAGGCAGCAGUGAUGCUCUGCCCUUCAAACUAUCCAGGCUUUCUGGGCUUGUUUGUAUCUUUGAAUUACCUAAAACCCAGAGUCAGUAUGAACUUAGGACUGGAAGUCAUGGCCACUUGGCCCUCUUCAUUCCAUGAUCAAGACAAUACAUGUAACUAAAAAUAAUGUGGGACCUGUUUCAUCCCUUCCACUUGUCUUCUCCAUAUUUGCUUUAAAAGUUAAUAUUCCCCCUGCAUUUUUCCACCAUUUUUCCAUCUUCAUUCAGGCAGAGAGAAGAAUAACAGGUCCCCUUCCAAAAGAGACAAAGUCAGAAAACAAAAUGUGCCCACAAAUCCUCUACAUACGGAGUGGCGAGGGAUAUUGGAAUCAAGUUUCUGUCUCAUUAGUUGUCAGAUCGUAGGCAUUUAUUUGGACGGAUCCCUUUGCCCAGCACCUUUGAAACACCACUGGAGUGCUUUGGGACACCGUCAGCUCCGUGAGGGAACAGUUCUGGGCAAAGGCCAGCCAAAGGAAGCACUGGCUGUUUGGUUUAAUUCCGGAGUACUUUGUAUUCCCACCUUGUAGUCCUUAGCAGAGACUGGCCCAAAGCACAUGCUCGAUCUUGUCCCUACUCCCUGCCUGCAUCUCAAAUCAACCUUCAGAAAGUCCCAGCUUAUUGGCAAAGGCACACAUUCUGUUCCACUUUAAGUUUCAUUAGAAAUUCAAGUCCUCCAGGGCCCUGUUCCCUCGUGGGCUUGUACAACUUUGCCUUUGCCUCUUGUCUGCCUUUCUGGAACCAAGUACAAGGAAAUUCAUGGUUUCGGAGAGAGAGAGAUGGGAACCCAGCUGGGCACAGGAUCCUAGGAUAAGGCUGCGGCGCCCCAAAAGUGGCCUCCUCUGCCAACAUACAUAAAUACAUACAGUCUGAGCUUGACACUGUGUAAUUUGGCCCAGAACAAUAUGUAUUUUGAACUCAUUUAGGUGAAUGACUUUGGCAUUCCAAGUACCCACUGGGGGAGCCUUUAUCAGACUGUAUUUGCCUUAUGCAGAAGUAUGUCUUUGUUCUAAGAAAUGGCCUCAGAACACACUCUGUUGAGCUGUCUCCUUUAGUGAGUGUCAUCUUCUCCUCCAUUUCAAAAGCUCCAAGGAUGCCGUCUUGAAAUCCUGCUGGUAGGAAGCGCAGGGAUCGGGAAUGAGGGUGUGGAGGGGGAUGACUAUGUAGCUUUGCUUCUAGUUUUCCCAAGCCUCACUGUUUACAUUUUUUUUUUUUUUUUAUGUAACCAAGCCAUAAUUGCCUUUUACUUGUCGUGGUUCAAUCUGAUUGUAUUGUUGAAGGACUAUUUUUGAACCUGUCCAAAUAAACUCUGCAAAGUAUUUC